AUGAGGAGCGGGAAGGCCUCUUGUGCCCUGGAGACCGUCUGGGAGGACAAGCACAAGUAUGAGGAAGCUGAGCGGCGCUUCCAUGAGCACAGGGCCAUGCAGGCUGCCACCUCUGCUCAGCAGCUCCUGGCCAAGGUGCCAGCUGUGAACGGGCCUGGACAGGAGGACACCGAGGACGCCGAGGAGGCCAAGGCCCCCAACACCAGCAGGAGCGAUCCCGGGAAGAGCCAUGACAGCAAGAAGCCGCUGCAGAAGAAGAGGAAGCGCUCCCCCAAGAGCUGGCUUGGCCAGGAGGACCUGGCCCUGGUGGGCCUCUCAGCCGACCACGGGUGGCUGGACAAGCCACUCUUCGACCAGGCAGAAAGCUCCUACCGCCAGAGGCUGGCCGACGCAGCAGCCCAGCAGGCCCCGCAGGGCCCCUGCACACACGGGAGCCAGGUGGCCUGCCACCACGUGACAUGGGGGAUCUGGGUCAACAAAUCCUGCUUUGACCAGGCCGAGUGCGCAUUUGUGGAGUGGUCUCAAGCUCUGCUGCUGGCUGCAGAGCAGAGCCAGACGCAGGGGGCUCCUGACACAGGCCAGCAGGUGGCCACCGCUGACCCAGCCCUAGCUUCCCAGCCUACCCUGCCGGCCAAUGGCCAGCCCCCUCUAGGGAACCUGCAGGCCCUGGUUGGGGAGGUAUGGCUGGAGAAGCCUCGGUACGAUGCGGCCGAGAGGGUCUUCUAUGAGGCCCUGUUUGACGGCCACCCCCCUGGGAAAGUGCGCCUGCAGGAGCGAGCCGGCCAGGCGGAGGGCGCCCGGAGGGGCCGCAGAGACCGGCGGGGCCGCAACGCCAUAGGAAGCAAGCGGGCUGGGCCACGUCGCACUGACGGGGAGGUCCCCUCCGCCUUGCCCUACUGGUACUUCCUGCACAAGGACGCCGAGGCUCCCUGGCUCAGCAAGCCCAGCUACGACAGUGCUGAGUGCCGCCAUCAUGCUGCUGAAGCCCUGCGCAUGGCCUGGCGCCUGGAAGCUGCCUCCCUGGCUCACCGCCCUGGGCCCCGGUCUGGCCCAUCCAUGUCCGGCCUGAGACCCAACAGGAAAAUGGCUACAAACUUUCUGGUGCAUGAGAAGAUCUGGUUUGACAAGUUCAAAUACGAUGAUGCUGAAAGGAAAUUCUAUGAGCAGAUGAAUGGGCCUGCAGCUGGUGCCUCCCGCCAGGAUAAUGGUGCCAGUGUGAUCCUCCGUGACAUUGCAAGAGCCCGGGAGAACAUCCAGAAAUCCCUGGCUGGAAGCUCAGGCCCUGGGGUUUCCAGCGGACCUGGUGGAGAUCACAGUGAGCUCGUAGUACGGAUUGCCAGCCUGGAAUUGGAGAACCAGAACCUGCGAGGAGUGGUGCAGGAUCUGCAGCAGGCGAUCUCCAGGCUGGAGGCGCGGCUGAGUGCCCUGGAGAAGAGCUCACCCAGCCACCGCACCACCACCCCACAGACGCAACACGUGUCUCCCAUGCGCCAAGUGGAGCCUCCAGCCAAGAAGGCAGCCACACCAGCCGAGGACGAGGACGACAAUGACAUUGACCUGUUCGGCAGUGAUGAGGAGGAUGAGGACAAGGAAGCAGCCCGCUUGCGGGAGGAGAGGCUGCGGCAGUAUGCAGAGAAGAAAGCCAAGAAGCCCUCGCUAGUGGCCAAGUCAUCCAUCCUCCUGGAUGUCAAACCUUGGGACGAUGAGACGGACAUGGCCCAGCUGGAGGCUUGUGUGCGCUCCGUCCAGCUAGAUGGGCUGGUUUGGGGGGGCUCCAAGCUGGUCCCUGUGGGCUAUGGCAUCCGUAAGCUACAGAUCCAGUGUGUGGUGGAGGACGACAAGGUGGGCACAGACCUGUUGGAAGAGGAGAUCACCAAGUUUGAAGAACAUGUGCAGAGUGUGGAUAUUGCGGCUUUCAACAAGAUCUGAAGCCUGAAUGCAUGGUUUGCGUGUGUGAGCCUCUGCUGAAAUUAAAGACUUGAGACUCUGCA